UGGGCGCGCCUGGCUGCAACGCGCUGCGGCUGUCCGCGCGUACAGCUGUGAGAAGUGACGGUGUGUUUCGGUUAUGUGUUCGGCACAUUUAACUUAAGAGACAGUGAGCGAUGUCGUCGUCCAAGUACGCAAAACUCGAACAAGACUACCAGAAACUAGUCAGCGAGAUGGGCGUGCUGCAAUGUCGGUUGGAGAGCAAGGCAGAGGCCCUUCUCAUCCUCACACGUGACCUGGAACAGUGCCAGAGCGAGCGGGACCAGUUCAAGCUUAUGGCUGACCAGCUCCGUGAGCGUCACGGCGAGCUACGCAGACGCCUCCAGGCCUGGGGUCCAACAAUAGCAAGUGUGUACGACGGCAAGAACCUCAAGGGCCAGACUGAGAAGAGCUUGGCACAGCUACUAUGUGACCUGAAGGAGCAGAACCGGCAACUGCAGUCUGAGAACGAGUCACUCACCCAGAAACUCCGGGAGUCUCUUGAAGAUGGCAAGCUUUUGCGAGAGCAGCUGCAGGAGCAGGGACGCAGCAGCCGCCGUGUGUCCGAUCCAUGCGCCCAGUGCUCAGCAAAGCAGGACCGCCAGGAGCUGGUGCGACAGCUCGAGUUGCUCCAGGCAAGGUGCUCCAUGCUGGAGGGUGACCUGCAGGCAGUGUUGGACGAGAAGGAGGAACUAGUGCGGACAGGGGACGCGUACCGCCAAAAGGUGGACCGGCUCAACCUGCAGCUGAACCAUGCCCUGCGUGGAGGUGCCGACUACGUGCCGCUCGACGUUGAUGCCUUGCUCAUGGAGAACAGGUAUAUGCAUGAGCGACUGCAGCUUGUCCAGGAGGAGAAGACCUUACUCACAGCCUCACUCAACAAGUUCAAGAACCUGGCAGAGAAGAACCGUGGCCGUGCAAGCACAGCAGUCCUGGCAGGGAUUUCCAGCAAACAGAUGCAACAGCUGCUGCAGGACAGCUCUCUGGACCUGAGCACAGCGGGGGCCGACCUGCGCAGCCUGGUGGCCCUCCUGCUGGAGGCACUCGGCGACCGCACCCUGGCACUCAACCACCAACGCAAGGCCAACAAAGUUCUGGGCAAACGUGUGACAGAGCUAGAGAGCAGGCUCAAGUGUGAUGGCACAUGGAGGGUCAACAUGCCCCUCUCGAGCACAGAUCCAGCAAAACUGGCCAACAGGAGCAAAGCAAGCAGUAAUUUAGAAGAUGCCAACUCGUUGUCCAUUGGUGCUGUGGAGUUAUCGACGUCCAAGCCAACACCAGACAAAGAUGUUCCACGUUCAGUGAUCUCGAGGGAGAACUCGCGUGACGAGGAGGAGGACUGUGUAACAGGCGAGGAGGACCUUCCCCCGGAGCUGCAGAGGCUUCUCUCGGCUGCCAUGAAGGAGCUCAAGUCACCCCAGCACCGAGCGCCCCCACCUCCCCACAAAGAAGUGGCUGACCUUGCCUGCUGACAUAGGGCAUUGUCUGGCAGUGGCACUACCAAGAUCCAUCGCCAGUCUAGUGCAUGAAGCAUCAUUGUACGACCUGCAAUUCCACGGCUGUGGCACGCCCGAGAAAGCGCACUUGCGCCAUGAACCGCAUAUCCUGCACAUCAGUCAGUGCCAAGGCAUCAGGACGUGCUCAAGCUGCAUUGAGUGUGCAAUGUAGGUAAUGUUGGGACGGAUGCUUUUCACACUUCAGCACCCAUGUGUACACCUUUCCACCACGGCCUGAGAUUGUUGCACGUGGAUACAAAGUGUACAUGUUGUCCAUUGUUCCUAGUGCUUUUUAGCAGGCGCUCUCAUAGGCUCACAACAGUCUCAAGGCAUCAUGGUUGGUGAGCUGUUGUCGGAAAAGUCUGUAGGCACCAUGCAGAUGUUGCACGAUGCCACCUGCGCUUUAUUGAACAGUGCAUGUAAAAUGGACAAUUUUAAGGGCAAAGGCAGGGCACGCGGCAUGGUGAGCACAUUUUGCUGAUAUUUUUUAUAAUGUUUACAGUUAUUAAUCGACCGUUUAAACUUAGGAAAAUAAGGAAAUAUAAAUGGCUGCUGCCUACACAACUGAUUGCAUGUGUGGGUCUCAUAAAACACUUAGCAAAAUUGAAAAUAUAAUGCACCACUGGCCAGUGGUUUUUGCUGCUAGCAGCAAAAACCUCGGCAUGUGGUGAAUGUCUACAUGAAGCCAGCAGGUGUUGAAGCUAAAAAAUGCCAUAAGGGAAAUGUACCACUUGUUUAAUUAAAUUGGCAAAUAAAUACGACAAAAGGGUUAGAUUUAUGAUGGGGGUUUCCCAUUGCACGGCAUGUGGAGAAGCUUGCGAUGUAAAGACAUGAUGAGCACUUUUGGCUCUUCAGAGGACAAGUGCCACUCACAGCUAUCAAAACAUACCAACGUACCUUUGCCAGUGAGCAAUGGUUAUCAAAUAUCUAAACAAAACUGUGGAAAUGCUUGAGACAAAUGCACCUUUGCUAGCAAGAAUGGGUCAUCUAAUGUUCCCGGCAUUCGAGUUCGCAGGGCUACGAUAAAAUCGGGGAUGCUGAGCGGUGUUUCCUCUGCUCCUGUGUUUUCUUAGCUACUCGUGCAUUCCAUGACAUGAAAAGUUGGCUCAGACUUUGUCCAUCAAGCACACCAAGGGCACAUACAUACAGAAGCUACUACCGUAUUUAAUAGCAUAAUGAACGCACUUUUUUUAGAUGAGAAACAUGCGCAAAGUUGGGGGUGUGCUUAUUAUGCGGGGUAAAAUUUUGAGCAACUUUUUUUCAGCGGCCACCUCUAAAAAAGUCGCAGUUUCGCCCGAAAGGCGAACCAUCGAUUGCGAUAGCAAAUGCCUAGACAGCUAUAACGAAGUAAGGGUAGUAGUUUCAUUGGCCGUGUAGACUUGCAAAGUCAUUUAACCAGCAUGGUGUCAGUGCGCACAGGCAAACAUGAACCAAUCACACUCAAUGACCGCGAACACUCACUGUCGAAAUGCUGGUGUGAGGAAGCGCAGCAGCAACAGUGAGUGAAGUGACCUUUGUGCCGUGUAUCGCUUCAGCGCAAACUGAGUGGCGAUAGCGGAGCAUGUACAAAGGUAUAAGCCGCCGUCGCACCUAGACUCAGCCCCCAAUGCAGAUCGCUUUCAAGAUAGGGCGCGCACGGCUGUGCAGUGUGCAGUUGCUGCGCCGCGCCUCCCUCCCCUCCCAGCGGUGCCAUGCGCGCAACGAAAUACUGGCGCUUUCCCUCCCCGCUUUGGCACCCGAAAUACGAAAUAAUCAGAAGUUCCCGGAAUAAUCUAUGUGGGUUAUAUGCAAUUUUUCCUUAAGGUGUGACUUCACAGUGCUGCAAGGACACACCUUAAGGCGAAAUUUGCAAACAACCCAUACCUCGCCUUUACUGUUAAUUUUUUUUAAAAAGAGCUUUGAAAGUUUUGAGAACAUUUGCUGAGCCACAAUGAACGAAAUACAAAAAUAUACUUUGAAAUUCGUGACAUCGCGCUGACGUACCGAUGCUGGGGUUUCAGUUUGACCUUUUUCACUCCGAAUAUGUAACCUAGUGUCGGUCUAAAUUGCUUUAUUGUUCCUCUUUAUUGUCUCUUUAAUUGACUGCCUUCAGAAUAGCAGGAAAUACAAGCUUCAUUGGGACUGACACGCUGUUAACUUCCACUUACACAAUCAUGAAGUUUGGCAAGUUGAGUUUGCCUCCACUCGAUUUGCAAUUCGUAGCCUUAUGGUGCUACCACAAAAUGGCAGCAGCAUAAGGCUACGUGUUUGAUGACUCAGAUUCUUCCUUAUUACUACACUCUUCAAGAACACCAAUGCAGUUGGUGUUCCAGUAAAGUGGACUUGUUAUAUGAUGUAUGGCUAUGUACGAUGUAUGUGUUUCUUCCCCGAGUUGCAAGGAAGAUUAUUUCUUGAAGAUGAAGUGAUGCAGUGUCAUACUGAACUUCCAACGACAGGGUUCUAGUCAAUAUAAAAAUGAAUUUGAUGGCCAGACUUUGUAGUCAUUCAUAUCCCAAUUAAUUGUUUUCUCCAUUUGUCACUGAUUCGCUAUGUUUGUUGCUUAUUUGUUGCCAGCAGAGGCAAUUGGAGAAACUAAGUUGGCAAACAAGGUUCAACUGAAGCAUAACUGCGAUUUGGCCUAGUUGGAACAGAUUCAUUUUUAAAAACUUUUUGGUAGCAAACAAACAAGGACGAAGAAAAGGAGCAACACAAGGACUCCUUUGGACUCUGUGUUGCUUCUUUUCUUCGUCUUUGUUUGUUUGGGCCGCCCAAAAAGUUUUUAAAAAUGAAGGUUCAACUGUUCGGGAAACUGUCCUGGUUAAAAUUCUGGCUGGACCCCUUAGUGCCUGAAGACUCGCAGCACCUUGUAGUGAACAAGCUAUGGAAUUUGCUAAGGAGUUAAGAUUCAAUGCUGCGUUUGUGCAAUUGUCUGUCCUGUCUUAUUCACUCAUGCAUUAUCUUUUGCACUGUUCAACAUGCAACGGAAGUUUCUGUUGUGUGCACUUAGACACUGUGAUAGCCAGCAGUGCUGACUGUGCAGUUGAUGAACUUUAAGCUUAGUGGCAGCAGGUUGUGCUGUUCACGUUCACCUCCAAGUCAUUGCUCGAAGAGGUAGUUUUAAGUGCAGUCAAUUCUACAAAUCACUCUAUUUCUGGAACCUGUGCUCACUGCAGGCAUGCAAAUACAAGCUGCUGAAUGGAGUUGAGGACAGUUAGUACUACUGUGAAACACAUUAUUCAUGCUACACGGGCCUCUAAAUGACAGACACUGCUACAUGAAGCCAACAGGUGAUGAAGCCAAAAAAUGCCAUAAGGGAAAUGUACCACUUGUUUAAUUAAACUGGCAAAUAAAUAAGACAAAAGGAUUAGAUUUAUGAUGGGGGGUUUCCCAUUGCCACUGUACUAACCUGCAUUGAGAUAAGGAUAGUGCACCACAUAUAAUCUCCUCAGUAAAAUUGCAGCAGCAUCACAAUACUACUCACCUCAGGCAUUGCAUCUGCAUUUGCCCAUGCCAAUACAGGGCCCAAGGAUCACACCUUUUAAAGGACAUUAUGGUGAUGAAAUUGUUUUGCAUGUAUCUUGAGAGAGUUCCGAUUAGAUUUGUGGUGUGAAAUUGGUUAAUAUGGGGAAAAUUUAGAACAAAUAAAAUGAAGUGCUGAAAGAAAAAUCACGCACGCUCGGUUGCAGUUUUACCAGAAAGGUGAUCAUGCAGCAGGUUCUCUUCUUUUGUUUGUCUUGACAGUAAAGGUCUUUAGCAGACAAAUUUCUUAAAAGGCUCAAUGUUUUUUUUUUUUUUUAAAUACACUGCACGCUAGACAUUCAAUUUCGUUCCCAUAAAACAAAUACAAUGUGUCACCAGGCUCAUGUUUCGUGGCCUUGUCAUAUGUUCAGUGGCCAAACAUCAAAGAAUUGUCUAGUCAAUGACGAUUGAUUCUGUUAGGGUGGGACCAAACACAUCAGUCACCAAAAAUACAAGUCACUAGUACCACGUGAUUUACUGUAUUUACUCGUAAGGCCUGCACUUUUUUUUUGUCCAAAUAUUUUAUAGGCUGUAGGCCUUACACGACACAGGCUUAUGGCUACUACUCAUUGAAGCAUCAAACUGUGUUCAGACUGCUGUGCGGAAUAAUACAACCAUUGGCGGUUUGCUAUAAACAUGUUUAUUCAGUCAUCCUUGUGACUUCCACUGCCCUUGAUGUUUGACAUCCUUUCCAUAGUGGCUUGUGCAAAGUUAACCAGCAUGCAGGUAUGCACUAGACACUUAGGAAAUCUUUUUGGCAAGUUUUCACGCACCAAAGCAACGGUGCAGGCCUUACACAAGGUUGAGCCGUACAUGAGUAAAUAUGGUACAACAUGGUACAAGUGAAUGCAACUCUGAUGCAAUCAGUUUAAUUUACAUUCAUCAUCUUUCACACUACAAGAGUGGCUUGGUAAAAGGGUUUCUACAGAGUGCAUGGUGCAUGGUCAGUGAAGAUAAUGUAUACAUACUCAGAAUAAAGCAUAUGCGGUCAACUAGAUGAGUUUGGUGGUAUGCAUUUUAAAAGAUGGGGUGAAGCAAAAGAAGGCUCGCAUUGUUCGCUCCAUUUGCUUCAUUCUAUUUGUGCUAUCUCCAAAAUGUGCGCAUGUUAUCUCAUUGUCUGGUGCUGCAUGUGUCGCCAGUUAAAUAUCAAGUUAAACGAGUUUGGUGUCUUACACUUCGCUGAAAUGCUGAACACCACUAUCAUACAAACAUGCUCCUAGUUGAUGAGCAACUAGGUAUUCAAUAGGGUCGUCAUAGUGUUUAUACACUGCCGUAAAGUCUGUUGAACUGUCUUUAUAGCAAUAUAUUAAAGUUUUGAGAGAACAACUCUUUCACAAGGAUUGUGGUUUGGGGGAGUUCGCAUUCCAUGAUGUGCCGCCCCUGUCUCCUGUUGUUUCCUAGUCUGUCUAGUUUUCUUCAUUCUUUCUUAGUUGUGCUGAUUCAAGAAAACAACUCCUUGUAUUGUCAUAUUAGCAGUGAAAUUGCUAACACUUUGUUAAGCUUUGUGAAAAAAUGUGUUUUAAACAACAUUCAAAGUUAUAUUGUUUGAUACUGGAAUGUUGCAUGUGCAUAGCACACAUAACUCAAUUGAUAUUUAACUGUUACCAUGUCUGUACUGCAUGUUUGUGGUCUUAAAGCCUAUGCGAAAGGAUUUUACUGUGUGCUUUGAUUUGUCUAAUCAGUGCAGAGUGAUACAAAUCUUUGCAUAUCCACUUGAAAUAUAUUGCCUCUUUCUUGUUUGUGUGCAUCCAAUAAUAAUGGGCAUCAACAGUGCCACAUCUAAUAAACAGCUUGUCGCUUCUUAUGGGUGUCUCGUUUCAUGAGAAAAAGUCAUAGCUGCUGUAGCUCAAAGGGAAUGGGAUAGAAU